AGAGGAGCGGUUGUUUAUUACAACUUUGCCUCAGUGAGGCCUGAGAUUCUUUCGAACAGGAUCUCUGCUCCCCACAGCUCAGAGCCAAGUGUCACCUGGGAUAUUUCCGCUAAAACUGAAAGAAGGAAAGCAGGUAUCAGUCCCUGGAAGACUGUGGGUGGGGGACGAGGGGAGUUUGGGUGCCAUCCCCAACUGACAGAUGGAUGGACCUUGCAUCUGAGAGAAAGGAGGAGACACGUUGCAGAUCAACUUCAAACCUAACCCCGGCUUGYGAAACGAACAUUAAGGGGGGAAAAGACAAGGCAGAGGACGAGAUCGAAAAGUCCAGAAGGGCACCAACUGGGACAGACUGGCUGCUUCACCAGUUACUCACCCAAACCGAAAGCAAAAUGUCCCUCAAGCUGCCAAGGAACUGGGAUUUCAACCUGAAAAUGGAGGCUGCAAAAAUAGCUCGGUCCAGGAGCGUGAUGACCGGUGAGCAGAUGGCGGCCUUUCACCCGUCGUCCACCCCCAACCCCCUGGAAAGGCCCAUCAAGAUGGGAUGGCUGAAGAAGCAGAGGUCAAUCGUGAAAAACUGGCAGCAGAGGUACUUUGUGCUGAGGGCACAGCAGCUCUACUACUACAAGGACGAAGAGGACGUGAAGCCGCAGGGUUGCAUGUAUCUACCAGGAAGUACCAUCAAAGAGAUUGCCUCAAACCCAGAAGAAGCCGGGAAGUUUGUCUUUGAAGUCAUUCCAGCCCCAUGGGACCAGAAUCGCAUGGGACAGGACUCCUAUGUCCUCAUGGCCAGCUCGCAGGCAGAGAUGGAGGAGUGGGUUAAAUUCCUCAGGAGAGUUGCUGGCACACCUUCUGGAGCGGUGUUUGGCCAGCGCUUGGAUGAGACUGUGGCCUAUGAACAGAAGUUCGGCCCCCACCUGGUGCCCAUCCUGGUGGAGAAGUGUGCAGAGUUCAUCCUGGAGCACGGUGUGAAUGAAGAGGGCAUCUUCCGCCUGCCCGGCCAGGACAACCUGGUGAAGCAGCUGAGAGAUGCUUUUGAUGCCGGGGAGCGGCCCUCCUUUGACAGAGACACAGAUGUGCACACCGUGGCUUCUCUCUUAAAGCUCUACCUCCGAGACCUCCCAGAGCCAGUGGUUCCCUGGAGCCAGUAUGAGGGCUUCCUGCUCUGUGGGCAGCUCAUGAAUGCAGAUGAAGCAAAGGCUCAGCAGGAAUUGAUAAAGCAGCUUUCCAGCCUUCCUCGGGACAACUAUAGUCUCCUGAGCUACAUCUGCAGGUUUCUACAUGAAAUCCAGCUGAACUGUGCUGUCAACAAGAUGAGCGUGGACAACCUGGCUACUGUGAUUGGUGUGAAUCUCAUCCGGUCGAAGGUUGAAGACCCUGCUGUGAUCAUGAGAGGGACCCCUCAGAUCCAAAGAGUGAUGACCAUGAUGAUCAGAGACCAUGAAGUCCUCUUCCCGAAGUCCAAGGAUGCACCCCUGUCCCCCUCUGCCCAGAAAAAUGAUCCCAAGAAACCUCCAGUGCCCCGAAGCUCUGUGGGCUGGGAUGCCACUGAAGACCCCCCAAUUCCUAGGACGGACAGCUUCAGUAACCCGGCAAGUGACUCUGAUGCCACAAGCCCUACUGGACCACAGCCAAGUGACCAGCAUCAGGACAACAGCAAAACCCCCAAGGAAAAGCCAGGAGAUUGGAAGCUGCAAUCCCGAAAAAGGACUCAAACGCUCCCUAACCGGAAAUGUUUCCUGACAUCAGCUUUUCAAGGUGCCAACAGUAGCAAAGUGGAGAUCUUUAAAAAUGAGUUCUGGUCACCUUCAUCAGACGCUAAGACAGGGGAAGGGCACAGGAGAACCUUGUCUCAAGACUUGCGCCACCUCUCAGACUCCCAGAGGACUUCCACCUAUGAUAACGUCCCUGCCCAGCCCGGGUCACCUGGGAAUCAACCCAGUGCACUCUCUGCCCCUGCCUGUGACUCCAAGAGAGAUCCUCUUGCCAGCACAGACUCUGACACUGGGCCUGCAAGAAAGAACUCUGGAGAAGAGGAAAUUGAUUCUUUGCAGAGGGUGGUCCAGGAACUACAAAAGGAAAUAGAAACACAGAAGCAAAUGUAUGAGGAACAGAUUAAAAACCUUGAGAAGGAAAAUUAUGACGUCUGGGCUAAGGUGGUGAGGCUCAAUGAAGAACUGGAGAAGGAAAAGAAGAAAUUUGCGGCUCUGGAAAUCACUCUCCGCAAUGUAGAGCGCUCCCGGGAGGAUGUUGAGAGGAGGAACAAGGUUUUGGAAGAAGAAGUCAAGGAAUUUGUGAAAUCAGUGAAGGAGCCCAAGGCUGAUGCUUGAGGGUCCCGGGAGUACCAGCGAUGUCCCAGAGGGGAUCAACUCUGCUCCUUUUCUUGGUGCUACCUGACAAUGAAGGAGCAGGAUUACUCCCUGAGAGGGAAGGGAUGGUUUUGGGGGAAACAUCAGUAAAUCAAAGGAGUUUGAAAGAAGAUGAGGGGGAUCAGGGACACCUAUGAUCACCUGUUGCUGUACUCAAAGGGACUGUUUUAUUCCACUGAAGUUGCAGGCAGAGCAAAGUGGAACCUUCUAUGGUGGAAGGUGAGGUCCAGUGAAGAAGUUUGAGACAAACAUCAAAGGACACAGGCAGACGUCUGGCCCUGGCCCCUGAAGCUAGGCUGAGGCCUGAGUUCUUUGUUUCCUACGUGGAAUGAUUCACUGACUCAGAUGGCCUUACGGCAUCUCUGGCAGACAACGCAAUUCAGUGCUCAAGUGCUCACCCCAGAAGACUGUUUUGGCUGAGGUCACAUGGCCCUUCUGUCAUGCUACCACGAGAUGGAAUUCUCCAGGAAUUCUCAAACUUCA